ACCGCUGCAUUUUUUCUGUUUUGGGCUUGUCAGUUUUCUGUCAGAUGCAUUAAUUUGUGCAAGCUGUUGCUCCCGCCCUUGUGAAGACCUUAAACCAAUCAAAGGCCAGUGCGUCAAAACGCAGUAAGCUGCGUCAAGAGCGCCUGUUCUGGAUUGGGUCAACAAAGCAUAAAAGUUGGUUUUCUUUGUUUACUGUUUUCUUUGUCAUUUAUGCUGAAUUUCAAAUGGGAGGCAAACUCGUAAAUAUUUUUGUUGGAAACGUGAGAGCUUCUCUGUGAUCAGCCAGUGGUCACGCCUCAGCGCACUUGUGCUCAGUGUGAACAGCUGACCCGCUUCGUCCUUGUCACUUCUUUAGCACCCCUGACCGGGACAGUUGACUUUGAUUGUUUCUACUGCUGUGUCUUUAAUUGCCAAGCCUGUCCAAGAGGAACUGAACAGAUACACAGGAUAUUUGCAGUUUUACACAUGGCGGAGCCCCCAGCCAAUCCAGGGGACAGUCCGGCGAACCUUGACUGGACAGUGGACAAUGUGGAGUCGGCGCUUUACCAGCUCUACUUUGAUCCAGACAUGGAGCACAAAAGUAUGGCUCAAAAGUGGUUGACUCAGGCUCAGGCCUCUGCACAGGCAUGGCACUUCUGCUGGGCCCUGCUGGCUCCCAACAAGAUUCCAGAGGUCCAGUUUUUUGGUGCCAGUACUCUCCACACUAAGAUUUCCCAUCACUGGGGUGACCUCCCCUCUGAGCAGCAUGAGAGCCUCCAGACCCAGCUCAUGUCCCAUAUCCUGCACUUCACCUCUGGUCCUAAAAUGGUCCUGACAAGACUUUGCGUAGCUCUAGCAUCUUUAGCUCUCAAUUUGAUCCCUCAUUCUUGGGCUCAACCAGUGGCGGACCUGGUGAGGGCAUUCGAACCUCAGAAACAGGACUGUAAAAGUGGUUCAGAAAUGAGCCCUGAUCCCCAAGCACACUGCCUGGCUUUGUUGGAGAUCUUUACGGUUCUUCCAGAGGAGUUCCAGAGCAGCAGGCUGACUCAGGCUCGCCGUGCCCAGCUGAGGGAGGCCCUCAUUGGGGAGUGGUCAGGCAUUUGUCCCAUGUUGAGGCAGUUGCUCCAGAGCCAGGACUCCUCCAACCAGGUGAAGGAGAAGGUGCUGCGUUGUCUGUCCAGCUGGGUGGGUCUGGAUGUGCCUCUAGGAGAGAGUCAUGAGUUGGUCCAAGACUGUUUUGGGGCACUGUCAAAUCCAGAAAUUUUUGACACAGCUGUGGAGACCAUUGUAACUGCCAUCUCCCAACCAGACUGCCAAAGAUAUACGGAAGCUCUUUUGAAGUUGCUGCCCCUGGUGCUGGGGCUUCACGAGCAGCUGAAGAAGGCUGCUCAGGACGGAGACAUGGAGAUCUCACAUGGGAUCUGCCGCAUCGCUGUGGCCAUGGGGGAGACGCACUCCAGGGUCUUGUUGGAACAGGUGGACCGUUGGCAAGAAUACCUCUCCUUAGUGAACAUGAUCCUGUUUUGUACUGGGAUGCCCGGACACUACCCCGUUAGUGAAACCACCAGCUCCCUCACUCUCACCUUCUGGUACACCCUUCAGGAUGACAUUUUGUCAUUUGAUGAGGGCAAGCAGACUGCAUAUCUUCAGGUGUAUCGACCAGUUUACUUUCAGCUUGUGGAUGUGCUGCUGCACAAGUCUCAUUAUCCACCUCAAGAGGAGUAUGACUCCUGGGCGUCUGACGACAAAGAGCAAUUUAGGAUUUACAGGGUGGACAUCUCUGACACCCUGAUGUAUGUGUAUGAAAUGUUGGGUGCUGAACUACUCAGUAACCUCUAUGACAGACUUGGGGCACAAUUGGUGGAUCCCCAGCAAUCUGCUGAAUGGCAGGAGACUGAGGCGUUGUUGUUUGGCUUCCAGGCUAUUGCUGAGACAAUUGAUGUAAAUUAUUCUGAUGUUAUUCCUGGUUUAAUUGGUUUAAUUCCCAGAAUAAACAUUAGUAAUGUGAUGCUAGCUGACACCGUUAUGUACACAAUAGGAUCUUUAGCUGAAUGGCUGGCAGACCACCCUGUGAUGUUGAGUGGGGUAUUACCCAUGGUGCUUCAGGGCUUGGUGAAGCCUGAGCUGAGUGUGUCCAGUGUGUCUACUCUGAAGAGGAUCUGUAGAGAGUGCAGACAGGACCUGUCCCCCUAUGCCCAGGACAUCCUGACUGUGUCCCAGGAUGUGCUGAUGAAGGAUAUCCAUAAGAGCAGCCAGUGCAUGUGGCUGAUGCAGGCUCUGGGUUUCCUCCUGUCUGGACUGCCUGUAGAGGAGAUCUUGGGCUACCUGAGUUCACUCAUCACUCCACACAUCCAGCAGCUGAGCACACUGGCACAGCAGGAGCCUAAUACUAAAAUUAAAGAACCCAUCACGCACAUAUUGGGACUGCUUGCCAAUCUCUUCACCACUCUGGAUGUUAAUCAACAACAUGAAGCUUUGGAAGGGUUUGCCAGUGCUGAAAUAUCUUUGCAGACAACACAACACCCAGUUGUAGUUGUGCUGCAGCAAGUGUUUGAACUGAUCCAGACUAUCUUGAGCAAGUGGUUGGAUGACUCAGAUAUUGUGGAGGCUGUGUGUGGGGUUUUUGAUAAGACAGUGCGGACCCUCCUACAUGAUUUUGGACCAAUGGUUGCUCAGUUGAGUGAAAUGCUGGGGCAGAUCUACAGCGCCUACCCACAACCCUCUGCUCUAGAGCUAGCUCGUCAGAUGGUACAUAUAUUUGCUGGAGAGGAGAAUUACAUUUCAGACAUAAAGUACCUAGUUCAAGUUUUAUCGUCAGCAACACUUGUAUUGUUUCGAAAAGGACUAAGAGAUCACCCGGAUAUUGCAGAAUCCUUUAUGUACCUACAUGCACAAAUACUUAAAAGGAAACCAGAGUUGUAUCUUUCUGAACAAAUGGACUUAAAAGCUCUGUUUUAUUGUGGCAUUAUGUCACUUAAGUUUCCAGAAACUCCUACUGUUAAAGCUGCAAGCCAAUUCUUUACUGAACUGUUGAAUCACUAUAAGGACAUGCCACAGCUUCAUGAGGUGUUGGAAACAGAUGGAAAGAUUUUAACAGAGACAAUACUGGAGAGUGUAGGUGGAGGAGCCCCUCGCAGCCUAAGUGAUUAUUUUGCUGAGGUCUUGCACAGUCUAAACAGACACUGUCCGGCCCUGCUGUCCCAGUGGCUCACAGACACACUGCAGGUGCCUGGGUUUCCCUCUGCUCAUGUCUCCACAGAGCAGAAACAUACUUUCACACAGCAGCUUUUAAGGGAGCAAAAUAACAAGCGCCAUGUUAAAGAGAUUGUAAAGGAGUUCUCUCUUCUCUGUAGAGGUUUGCAGGGCUCUGGACACUCAGACACUCAGUUUUAAACCAAGAAACCAACAUAAACGUGUGUGCUGUUCAUUUAAGUGGCAUUUUAAAAGACACAAGUAAAAAAGAUGUUUGCAGCUGCCAUGGCAACUGUCA